GCCAUCAACACUUCAAAGUUCUUCAACUCACACCAUCCAUCAUCACGCGUCUUUCAACUUAACAACAUCAAGCAAAAAAACCUAUCAUUCAAAUCGGACAACUUUCUUCAUACCUCCACAAAUCCAACUAAUCGAAUCAACUCAUUAAACCAUGACAGCUAAUAGUCCUGCUCCAGAUAUCAAGCCUAAAACACAAAAAAUCACACUUAAAGUUAAAUGUCCAGAUGCAUCAGAAGAACCAUUAAUUUUAAAAGUCAAACAAUCUACUACGUUUAUUAAGAUUUAUAAUGCAGUAGCAGAACAAAGAGGGGUAGCUAGAACUUCCUUCAGGUUACAAUUUGAUGGUCAAAAUUUAGUACCAAACGAUUCUACACCGGCUGAUAUGGGUAUGGAAGAAGAAGAAUGUAUUGAUUUUUUGAUUGAACAAGUAGGAGGAAGUCAUUCAAGACUUUGAAAAAGGGAAAAGGAAAACAAAAAAAGUUAAAAACCCUUUAACUUUUGUCUGUUUUUUUCUGCUUCUUUUUCUUACAAUUCUUGUAAACCUUAAUCCUUCUAUCUUAGCAUAAACUUUGUGAAAGAGAAAAAAAAAUUAAACAAAUCAAAUCAAAACACAACAAAUCAAAACAAAUGAUACAUUAAAUCAUUCUAAAUAUCCAUUCAAUUUUUUUCUUCUUUCUAGUUCAAAUUUCUCUGAUCUUUCAUUUUUUGUUGGUUUUAUUUUUUGUUGGUUUUAUUUUUUGUUGGGUUUAUUUUUUGUUGGUUUUAUUUUUUGUUGGCUUUAUUUUUUGUUGGUUUUAUUUUUUGUUGGGUUUAUUUUGGUUGGUGUGUUUUGUUGAGUAAACAGUUUUGUUUUUUAAAAAAAUGUUAAUACCUCAAUCUUAUCUUUUGUUAUUCUUCAAAUGUAAAUAAAUCAAAAAAAAAAACCAACUACAAUUUUCUCACUUUUGUC